GGGUAGGAGAAAUGUUUGUGGGUGAUGUCAAGAUUAGAGACAUUAGAGAGGCGGAGUCCAAGCCCUUGCUGUGUGUGUGUGUGUGUGUGUGUGUGUGUGUGUGCGCGCGUGUGUGUGCAGGGUGUGUACUGUGUGGGUGUAUGCACAAUGCCUAUGUUACGGGUCUGUGUAGGUGGCUGUUGUGUGUGUGUGUGUGUGCUUGAGUCUAUCAUGCAGGGAUGGGACAUGGAGACCCAGCACGGCAGUGUGUGCUUUUCAGGUUUGCUGUGUGUACAUGGCUGUGUGCUUUUGUCAUUAGUGCAGGCAGCAUGUUCCUGUCAGUCUGCCCUCUUCUGUGCGUUUGCCUCCUUGGGAACAUGUGUGUGGCCUCCAUGCUCCUGUGACUUAUUUUUGAGGUCCUGGCAUGGUGUGUCUUUCCUCCAAGAACUGUACAAAGCAAUUAGCCGAUUUUGCCCCCUCUGCGAAUGCUCGUAGUUCCAAAAGGUUUUAGUGGAUUUAAACUUAAGGCCUCUUCUAUGCCUUUAUUAGAGGUGCAUGUGUGUGAAAAUAAUGGCUGACCCAGGUUCCAUGGAGAGAGAGUAAGGCAGCCAUACCUAAGAGAUGCAGAAGAAUGGAUGAGGAGGGAGCAGUGCAAAAAAUUGUUUUAUUUGUUCUGUUUUCCUGGUAGCCAUCACAGACGCUGGUGAUUAAGGUCAUGGAAAAGCUGGAAGAAAGCUGGGGGGGGGGCGGUGAGAGGAGGAGCUGUCCCAAGUCAGUGAAUGUGUUUGUGCUGUGUAUGUGCUUUAUCUGACCACGGUCGGGAUGUAUGUGUACACGGUGCAGGGGUGACCCAGGGAGGGGCCACAGCCUACGUAGUAAGCAUGUGUCUCAGGGUCUACACUGACAUGCUCCUGCCUCUGGCGUGACUCCUGGGGUUACAUGUCCGUUUAUGUAGUUACUGCCCACAUGGUGGCCGCAGAGUCCACUCCAGCAAUUCUCAUGUGGCUGUCUGAGUUCAAGUGUGUCUACCCCAUGGCAGUGCUCACACAUGUCUAGGCAUGUGGGGGUCCCCAUGCUCAAAGCUGUCUGUACGUCUCCCCAAAGCACAUACUUUCCUAUUAUUUCUCCUAAUGCGGCUGUGAUAUACAUGGUUCCCCACUGCUUGCUGUAUUCUCGUGCUCUACACACGAUUCCUGGGAGUCCGAGAGGGUUCUCGUGUCUCAGGGUCCAGACUUGCUUGUGUGUGCAAACCUGAGUCUGCCCGUAAAAAGAGCAGGGAAGGACCGGCUCUGAGGCAGUGGGCAGUAUGGAAGCAGACAUGAAAAUGUAGUGGGGCUUUCACUGUUCUCUUCUGGAACCUAGCGGGUUAACAAGCCGUUCUUCCGGUCGCACACCCCCCCCCCAGCCUGUAGCUUCUUGUUGCCAUGGAGAUGGUGGCCCCGCCCCUGAUGCAGCACCAGCCCCCCCAUUGGCUGCAGUGGUGACUGUGGGGCUGAGGGGGGGAGCCCAGGCCUGGGCAGCCAUUCUGGAGCUGGAGCCGGAGCUUGGCAUCCCCCCACUUUCAUUCUCCUUCAGCCCUUCGGCCCCUCCAAAUUCCCUAGCAGCAGACCUUCGGCUCCCUUUCUCUAAGCUCCUGUUCCUUCGAUUCUUGGCAGGCUGAGCUUCAUCCGCAUUCACCUCCCCCUCCUUCUCACCAGCCUUUACUUGGGAGUCCCCAGAAUCCCACUGCCCUUCCUCCCCACUCCCCUGCAUUCUUUUCUUCUCUUCAACCAUUUACUAGCACUGCAGUGCACGUGGAACCGGCUCCUUCUGCCCGCUCCCCAUCGGUCCCUUCCUCCCAUCUUCUGUUCCCCUCACUCAGCACAGGUCUCUUCUGAGACCUCCCCCUCCAGUCCUGGGAGGGGGUCAUGGGAGGCAGCCCUGGACCUCCAGACAGACAGGGUCUCUGGGAGGUGUGGGGCAGGGGGAGGAUGUGCCUAGCUGGGAAAAGAGGAAAGCCCACCCAUGGGCAAUGACCUUUAACCCAUCUCCCCAAGCAAGCCCCUUCUUUUGGGUGGGAGACAGGCAAACUGAGCCUCCCUGGGCCGUGAAUAGUCUUCAUUAGGGAGGUUUCACUGACCCUCCUGACUAUGCCCCCCUGGUGAUUGACUGCCUGUCCCAGUCAUGGGCUUAAGGCCUCCCACCCCGACCCCCUCAGGGGGCUCCGGCUCAGGUUCCUUGCCCCCUCCUUCCCACCGCCAGCCUCUCCGCCGCCGCUGCUCUUCUUGCUGCUUUCCGGGGGAAUACCACUUGGGUCGCUCGAGGAGGAAGAGUGUCCCAGGGGGGAAACAGUACAGCAUGGAGGCCGCCCCCGCUGCGCCCUUCCGGCCCUCGCAAGGCUUCCUGAGCCGGAGGCUAAAAAGCUCUAUCAAACGUACAAAGUCACAACCCAAACUUGACCGGACCAGCAGCUUUCGACAGAUCCUGCCUCGCUUCCGAAGUGCUGACCAUGACCGGGCCCGGCUGAUGCAGAGCUUCAAGGAGUCACACUCCCAUGAGUCCCUGCUGAGCCCCAGCAGUGCUGCUGAGGCCUUGGAGCUCAACCUGGAUGAAGACUCCAUUAUCAAGCCAGUGCACAGCUCCAUCCUGGGCCAGGAGUUCUGCUUUGAGGUAACAACAUCGUCUGGAACAAAAUGCUUUGCCUGUCGGUCUGCAGCCGAAAGGGACAAAUGGAUUGAGAAUCUGCAGAGGGCUGUAAAACCCAACAAGGACAACAGCCGCCGGGUAGAUAACGUGCUGAAGCUAUGGAUCAUAGAGGCUCGAGAGCUGCCCCCCAAGAAGCGAUAUUACUGUGAGCUGUGCCUGGACGACAUGCUGUAUGCACGGACCACCUCCAAGCCCCGCUCGGCUUCAGGAGACACCGUCUUUUGGGGCGAGCACUUCGAGUUUAACAACCUGCCUGCCGUCCGGGCCCUGCGGCUGCAUCUGUACCGUGACUCAGACAAAAAGCGGAAGAAGGACAAGGCGGGCUACGUUGGCCUGGUGACUGUUCCGGUGGCCACCCUGGCUGGGCGCCACUUCACAGAGCAGUGGUACCCCGUGACCUUGCCGACAGGCAGUGGGGGCUCUGGGGGUAUGGGCUCGGGGGGAGGAGGGGGGUCAGGGGGUGGCUCAGGGGGCAAAGGGAAAGGAGGUUGUCCUGCUGUGAGACUGAAAGCCCGUUACCAGACGAUGAGCAUCCUCCCCAUGGAGCUGUAUAAGGAGUUUGCAGAGUAUGUGACCAACCAUUACCGGAUGCUGUGUGCAGUACUGGAGCCUGCCCUGAAUGUCAAGGGCAAGGAGGAGGUGGCCAGUGCAUUGGUUCACAUCCUGCAGAGCACAGGCAAGGCCAAGGACUUCCUUUCAGACAUGGCCAUGUCAGAGGUAGACCGAUUCAUGGAGCGGGAACACCUCAUAUUCCGCGAGAACACGCUCGCCACUAAAGCCAUAGAAGAGUAUAUGAGACUGAUUGGCCAGAAAUACCUCAAGGAUGCCAUUGGGGAGUUCAUCCGUGCUCUGUAUGAAUCUGAGGAGAACUGUGAAGUAGACCCCAUCAAGUGCACAGCUUCCAGUCUGGCAGAGCACCAGGCCAACCUGCGGAUGUGCUGUGAGUUGGCCCUGUGCAAGGUGGUCAACUCCCAUUGCGUGUUCCCGAGGGAGCUGAAGGAGGUGUUUGCAUCUUGGCGGCUGCGCUGCGCAGAGCGGGGCCGGGAGGACAUUGCAGACAGGCUGAUCAGCGCCUCACUCUUCCUGCGCUUCCUCUGCCCGGCCAUUAUGUCGCCCAGUCUAUUUGGGCUUAUGCAGGAGUACCCAGAUGAGCAGACCUCACGAACCCUCACCCUCAUCGCCAAGGUCAUCCAGAACCUGGCCAACUUUUCCAAGUUUCCCUCAAAGGAGGACUUCCUGGGCUUCAUGAAUGAGUUCCUGGACCUGGAGUGGGGCUCCAUGCAGCAGUUCUUGUAUGAGAUAUCCAACCUGGACACCCUGACCAACAGCAGCAGUUUUGAGGGCUAUAUAGACUUGGGCCGCGAGCUCUCCACACUUCAUGCCCUGCUCUGGGAGGUGCUGCCCCAGCUCAGCAAGGAAGCCCUCCUGAAGCUGGGCCCACUGCCCCGGCUCCUCAAUGACAUCAGCACAGCCCUGAGGAACCCUAACAUCCAAAGGCAGCCAAGCCGCCAGAGUGAACGGACUCGGUCUCAGCCCAUGGUGCUGCGAGGGCCAUCAGCCGAGAUGCAGGGCUACAUGAUGCGGGACCUCAAUAGCUCCAUCGACCUUCAGUCCUUCAUGGCUCGAGGCCUCAACAGCUCUAUGGACAUGGCUCGCCUCCCCUCCCCAACCAAGGAAAAACCACCACCGCCACCACCCGGUGGGGGUAAAGACCUGUUCUAUGUGAGCCGGCCACCUCUGGCCCGGUCAUCCCCAGCAUACUGCACGAGCAGCUCAGACAUCACAGAGCCAGAGCAGAAGAUGCUGAGUGUCAACAAGAGCGUGUCCAUGCUGGACCUUCAGGGCGACGGGCCUGCGGGCCGCCUUAACAGUAGCAGUGUUUCCAACCUGGCAGCUGUUGGGGACUUGUUGCACUCCAGCCAGGCCUCGCUGACAGCAGCCUUGGGGUUGCGGCCUGCACCUGCCGGGCGCCUCUCCCAGGGGAGUGGCUCUUCCAUCACAGCAGCUGGCAUGCGCCUCAGCCAGAUGGGUGUCACUACGGAUGGUGUCCCCGCCCAGCAACUGCGCAUUCCCCUUUCCUUCCAGAACCCUCUCUUCCAUAUGGCUGCUGAUGGGCCAGGGCCCCCAGCAGGCCAUGGAGGGAGCAGUGGUCAUGGUCCACCUUCCUCCCAUCACCACCACCACCACCAUCACCACCACCGAGGGGGAGAACCCCCAGGGGACACUUUUGCCCCAUUCCAUGGCUAUAGCAAGAGCGAGGACCUCUCUUCAGGAGUCCCUAAGCCCCCCGCCGCCUCCAUCCUGCACAGCCACAGCUACAGCGACGAGUUUGGACCCUCUGGCACUGAUUUUACCCGCCGGCAGCUCUCGCUUCAAGACAGUCUACAGCACAUGCUGUCCCCUCCCCAGAUUACCAUCGGUCCCCAGAGGCCAGCUCCCUCAGGGCCGGGAGGGGGCAGCGGCGGGGGCAGCAGCGGGGGCAGCGGGGGCCAGCCACCCCCCUUGCAGAGAGGCAAGUCUCAACAGUUGACAGUGAGUGCCGCCCAGAAACCCCGGCCGUCCAGCGGGAACCUAUUGCAGUCCCCGGAGCCAAGCUACGGUCCUGCCCGUCCUCGGCAACAGAGCCUCAGCAAAGAGGGCAGCAUUGGGGGCAGCGGGGGCGGCGGGGGCGGCGGGGGUGGGGGGCUCAAGCCCUCCAUCACCAAGCAGCAUUCCCAGACUCCGUCCACGCUUAACCCCACGAUGCCGGCCUCGGAGCGGACCGUAGCCUGGGUCUCCAACAUGCCUCACCUGUCGGCUGACAUCGAGAGCGCACACAUCGAGCGAGAAGAGUACAAGCUCAAGGAGUACUCAAAGUCCAUGGAUGAGAGCCGGCUGGACAGGGUGAAGGAGUACGAGGAGGAGAUACAUUCGCUGAAGGAGAGGCUACACAUGUCCAACCGGAAGCUGGAAGAGUAUGAGCGGAGGCUGCUGUCCCAGGAAGAACAGACCAGCAAGAUCCUGAUGCAGUACCAAGCCCGCCUGGAGCAGAGUGAGAAGCGCUUGAGACAGCAGCAGGUGGAGAAGGACUCCCAGAUCAAGAGCAUCAUUGGCAGGCUGAUGCUGGUGGAGGAGGAGCUGCGUCGGGACCACCCCGCCAUGGCUGAGCCGCUGCCUGAGCCCAAGAAGAGGCUGCUCGACGCUCAGGUGGAGAGGCAGCUUCCCCCCUUGGGUCCAACAAACCCGCGUGUGACGCUGGCCCCACCUUGGAACGGCCUGGCCCCCCCAGCCCCACCCCCCCCACCCCGGCUGCAGAUCACAGAGAACGGCGAGUUCCGGAACACCGCAGACCACUAGCCCACCCAGCAUCACAGACCUCCUUCCCUGUGCACCCUAUCCCGGCCCACCCAGCAUCACAGACCUCCUUCCUUGUGCACCCCACCCUGGAACAUCACCAACCGCCAGGACUGGACGUCAUCAAGGGACAGCGGGAUUGUCUCCCUUAAUGCCUCCUUGGGGCACCCAUCUGCCGACCCCACUGCUCCAUUCUAAGGAGGGAGAGUGGGACCCUCAGCUGCCCUCUUUCACCCCAGGACAACACACCACCUACCCCACACAGACCCCUUCAUUCUGGGGUGCUAUCCCCGUCCUCUGCCUCAUAGUUCCCCUGAGCACUGGGGGACAGACCCUCACCCCACACUGGGGGUGUGGCACCUCCAAACUUUCAACUUCAGGGUGAUUUUUUAGCAGUAACCAGAGCUGACAAUCUAACUCCCCUCUACCACCCCAUUUUGGCCUCCCCUGCCCCCCUUGUUAUGGGGAGGGGACCCCGGGUGAGGGGGCCCUAUUACCCCUUGAUUUCUCAGGAGCGUCUGGGGGGGCUCAGCACGCACAAACUCCUUCUCCUCUUUCCACUCUUACACUAACUCUCCCCACCCAGAACCCAGAUGGGGUG